CAAUUGAGUUUCAUUAUUUUUGUCAAACGAAUACAAGUACUGCCAAAAUAAUAUUUUCGUUCCGUAAUCGAGUUUGUCUAUUAUGACUGGAGAUCCGUUUGUUUAUAAAAGGGGUAACAGUCGUAGGUACUGUGUCAACUCAAACAAACAAGUUACUAAGUAACUCUCUCUCUCUCUCUCUCUCUCUCUUAAUAAAUACUCACAUAAUUCAUGGCCUCAUCUUCUUCUUCUUCUCUACAGUUCACCGUGCGAAGAUGCGAACCCCAGCUGGUCCCUCCAGCUAUCCCCACUCCUCAUGAAAUUAAGCUACUUUCCGACAUCGAUGAUCAAGAAGGCCUUCGUUUUCACGUUCCAUUCAUACAAAUUUAUCCAAAGCAAACAUCAAUGGCAGAGAAAGACCCAGUUCAAGUCAUUCGCCAAGCACUGUCACAAACACUUGUCUUCUAUUACCCAUUUGCCGGUAGGCUUAGGGAGGGUCCUCGCCGUAAAUUGAUGGUGGAUUGCACCGGAGAAGGUGUCAUGUUCAUCGAGGCUGAUGCUGACGUCACACUCGAUCAGUUCGGUGAUUCUCUCCACCCUCCAUUCCCAUGCUUCCAUGAACUGCUAUACCAUGUUCCUGGUUCACACCAAAGUACAAACACUCCCCUUCUACUUGUACAGGUGACACGGCUAAAGUGCGGUGGUUUCAUCUUGGCCUUCUCCUUCAACCACACCAUCUGUGAUGGAGCUGGUCUUUCACAAUUCAUGAGCACGUGGGCUGCAAUGGCACGUGGUGCAACCAAACCUUCCAUUCCACCGGUUUGGCGUAGGGAGCUUCUAAUGGCAAGAGACCCACCUCGCAUCACAUGCAACCAUCGCGAAUACGAACAUGUCCCAGACACAGUCAAAGGAACCGUCUCAUCAAACGACCAUGACAUGGUUCUUCGGUCGUUCUUCUUUGGACCUUCCCAAAUAGCCGCUAUUCGUGGCUUGGUUCCACCCCACCUUCAGCACAGUUCCACGUUUGAUCUCAUCACAGCAUGCUUCUGGCGCUGUCGUACAAAAGCGUUGGAGAUAGAGGCAGAAGAGGAGGUUCGCAUGAUGGUGAUAGUGAACGCACGUGCAAAGUUCAAUCCUCCUUUACCUGUUGGUUACUACGGCAAUGCUAUUGCAUACCCUGCAGCAGUCACAACUGCAGGGAAGCUUUGUGAGAAUCCGUUUGGGUACGCAGUGGAGUUGAUAAAGAAAGUGAAAGGUGAGGUGACAGAGGAGUACGUGCAUUCGGUGGCAGAUUUGAUGGUGAUUAAGGAUCGGUGCACGUUUACAACUGUGAGGUCUUGUAUUAUUUCGGAUUUGAGACGUUUGAAGCUUAGAGAAGCGGAUUUUGGGUGGGGUGAGGGUGUUUAUGGUGGAGUGGCUGAAGGUGGAGCUGGGAGGUUUCUUGGAGCAACCUAUCAGGUUUUGCAUAAAAAUAGAAAUGGAGAAGAAGGCAUCAUCUUACCAAUCUGGUUGCCUGCUGAAGCUAUGAAUAGGUUUGCAAAAGAGUUGGAUCACAUGUUUUGGAACCAAAACCAAACUAAAAUAUGGAGUCCUAGUUUAAUCAAGUCUACCUUAUAGUUUGUUAAUAGGAUUUAGAUUCUGAAAUGGUUUUCCAAAAUGGUUUUUUCUGUGCUAUUUCUGUGUACUGCCUUAAAAUAUAUUGGGUAUUGAUUUUGAUAUUUUAAAAUA